AAUACCUCCAGGCAAGAACCUAGGAUACGUUUUACGUCAAAAAAACAUUUGACAAUAUAUAUUUGUCUUUUAGAUGGUAAAAGUAUUUUAUCAUCUUCAAAAACUCAUAAAUACUAAUCUUUCAGGGUUGUGGAUAUUGGUUCUUUAUCAAAAUUUGUCACAUGUAUAUAUUAUAUGACAAUAACCUUUUGCUUUUACCGUCGAAAAGUCGUAAUCGGUCCCUGCAUCGGCAUAUUAAGCUUGCUGUUGAUCCUAGACGAAGUCACCACUGUUCAUUCUACCUAUUAUUUAAUUGUCUUGUAUGGUUCAAACAGAGGGGAAGCCAUAUUGUUUGUUUCUCUUGGAACUGUCACAGUUUGGAUUGACUGCAAUCAAUUAGCUUCUGACCAUUUUAUCAUAUUUCAAGAUCGUUACACAAGAUUCGUACGAAAUUACUUGGCUGUUGAUUUAAUCCGAUUGGACCACUCAGACCUUAGACGACCAAUUUACUUUCUUAGUUUAUUAGGGAUAGACUUAUUCUGUUCUUUGACAAUUUUCACUCAAUUGCCGUGUUACGUUUUGCAUAUUAAAUAAAUGACUGAAACAUUUUUUUGACGUUAUUCAUCUAGGUGUUCUAUAUGGUCCGAACUCAUAAUUUGAGGGGAGAACUACUAAUUAAGCUUGAUGAGUAUAAUAAGUUCUAGGAUCAAGAAGUAGAGUUCCUAUGUAUUAGGUUUGAUUUUAGUGAUUAAAAAUUCGUAGUGGUAUUUUUUCUCAACCAAACGAUCUUUGAUGAUGCACGCACUAUAAUUGAGAUCCACAUCCAGUAUUUAACACCAUGGAGAAAGCCAGAGAUGGUGGAUGCGGGAUAUUUGACCUGUAUGGCAUGGAUCGAUCAUGCAUGCUUAGUCAUUCUAUGUAACGUCAUCUCUUUCACAAUAAGCGUAUUAUACUAGCCAAGCUAAGUUAAGUUCUUCAGAAGUCCUGAAUGGAAUAUUUCUGACUGUCACGAUGGGACGAGUAAGUGUGGACUAUAU